AUGUCGUCGUCCGAUUCCGAGGACACGUCAAUUGUAAUCGAAGAAGGGCAAGAAGAGAAAAAGAAAGUACCUGAAGAAGCACCAUUCGAAGCAAAUGCCUACAUCAACCAGCUGAUUGGUUUCAUAAAAUCGAAAGAGAAAGAUGCUAAUGAAAAGUUCGCUGCGUUUGUGAAAAAAACAUGGGAGCUCCCUGCCGACUCUGCGAACUUUUACACCGAUUCGUAUUCACUCGAUUCAGGCGGUGUAUCGAAACUCCCACCGAAUAUGAUGAUGGGUGCUCAUAAGAGAAUAGCUGGAACACAGAGAUUGAUGUUUCCGCCUCCACCAGGAUUGGGGAAAUCGCUUGGAGGAAUUGAUAAAUCGGGAAUGAGUUCGGCAGGAGGGCCGUCGUCAUCCGGCGGAUUAAUGAGAAAACCUAAGAAGCAAAUUCCGGUAAUCGAUGAUUCAAUUUAUUGCACUACAGAUCAGCCAUGCAAGACGUGUGGUGGAGUAUCUCUGGCUGGAAAUCAAGUGCUCGUAUGCAAGCGGUGCCGUGAUUGUUACCACAUGAAGUGUAGCAUUCCACCAGUUUCAAUCGAAGAAGCAUCUGCUUCAACCUUCGUCUAUCACUGUAAAACGUGUCUUAUCUCUCGAAAAGUUAUGCAUUCCAGUCGGUCAAGAUCCCCAAGUCCGGCAGUAAUUGAUGCGAAAAAGAUGAAAAUCGCUGGAAAGGAGAAGAAACUGCCAAAGCCGUGA